AUGUCGACAGCUAAAACUACAACCUCCAUCUCCGUGGAUCUCAUCAGAUUCGAAACAAGCCUCCCAUUCGCAGAGGUCAUCUCGCGUCUGGAUGUCGAAAUAAACAAGGCAGGCUCGGAAGAUAUCAUGGCGCAGAUUCGCGCAGUCAAGAAUCAAGAAGAAUUCAUAUCCACCAUCAACAAAUACAAGCCUAAUAGCUUCUUGUACUUUUUCGACUACCCCCACCACAGAAUCCUUCAAUACGACGGCGUCAAGAAGCCCGCCAAUGUAUCUUACGUCGUGGGGAAUCCCCUCAUCGCCCAAAAGAUUCUGACGCACAACCCACUAGCCGGGUUCUGCGUUCCACCACGUCUCUUAGUCGCCGAAAAGCCAGACGGCCCCGGAGCUAUCGUCGCAUACCACCGUCCGUCCACGCUGAUGAGCGUCCCGGAAGGAGAGAACCAUCCCGAUUUACAGUCCAUCCUCGAUUUACUAGACUCCAAGCUUGAGCAAUUGGCACAAACCAUCACCGCCGUUGAACCCACCGCGUAA